AUGUCUCUAAACAGCUACUUGAACAAAAAAGUCUGCCUGAUCCUCGUCGACGGCCGCUGUAUGGUCGGCAACCUGAUUUCCUGCGAUGCAGUCACGAAUUUGGCGCUAGAGAAUUGUGUGGAGAGGAUUGUUCGGGGACAUGAGGAGGAGGAGGAUAGUGAAGAGGAGGAGAGGGGACUGUUUAUGGUGAGAGGGGAUAAUGUUGUGGUUUGUGGACUUGUCGAUGAGGAGUUGGAUGGGAAGAUUGAUUGGAGGAAGGUUAAGGGGAGUGAGAUUGGGAGUACGAAGCAUGUUUGA